CCAGCAUCCUCCCACUGCUAAAGACCCCUACAUGCAAGCGAAUUAUUGAAAUAGAAUUAAACCAUGUGUUAGUCCCAAAAUUACCUAGUUUGUGUUGAGUGGAGGUUAAACCCUCUCUCUCUCUCUCUCUCUCUCUCUCUCUCUCUCUCUCAUAUGUUAUUUUCAAUUAUCUAUUAAGAUCUUUAUAAAGAAAUUUUUUUAUUUUUACAGAUUUAAUCCUCCCUCAAAAAUCUGAACAAGAUUUAUAAUGCCAAUAUUUGAUGGAAUUCAGAUUGCUUUGGAUUUGAAUUUUAAUGUGGGAUUCAAAAAGAAAACAGAAAUAAAAAAGGCAGUGACUAACCAUGGUGGAAUUAUUUCUUAUAUUGUUACGAGGAAGUGCAACUAUGUAGUGGUUAGUGAUACUGAAAAAAUUGACAUUUCCUCAAAGUGUAGAAAUGCUUUAAAGUAUGGUAUCCCCGUUGUUUCAUUGGAAUUUAUCUGGGAAUCAAUUGAAGCGGGUAAAGUACUCAACCCAGAAAAGUUUAUUGUUGGUAGAAAAAGCAAGGAUGCAGACUUUAAGUGUGGAAAGAUUUCUUCUGCAUCUACAAGUCUAAAAAAGGAGAAAAAGAAAAGAAAGAUAUUCAAUAUUUCUAUUGGUAAAGUCUGGAAAUAUAAUGAUGUUGAUUCUCCCACUUUUGAUGAGGAUUCAUAUGAAGUUGCCAAAUACUCAGUAUUUUUGCUUACAGACUCAAAGACACAAUCACAGAACUUUUCUGUUGUUGAACUUCAUGUACAGACAGCUAAUAAAGAUGAUGUAUGCCAAUACAGAAUAUUUACCCAUGCUGGCAAACUCCAGGGCAAAGAGGAAAAGGAAUGUCGGUUUUGCAAGACCUGUGAUGAAGCUCUUCAACUUUAUCAAUAUCUUUAUGAUGGCUUAAUAAACAAGAAAUACAUUCACAAACAGGAUGAUAUACCAAGGGAUAUUGGUUCACCAAAAGUACAGAAGAUUAUAGCCUACAGAAAGACACAGUCGGAACAUGUUGGUUUUGAGGUAGAACAACUUGUGAACCAUGUAUGGCAAGAAGCUACAGGACAUAUAGAAGAUGUACUAUCAUCCAGUAUAGCAGAUCUUCAACUAUCACAAAUUGACAAAGCAGAUGCCAUUUUAGUAGAAAUAAAAGAUGAAUUGAAUAAGACAGCAGAUACCAAUAAACUACAGACUUUACUUCAAGAUUUUUAUUCUGCUCUACCUCACCUGAUGGAAGGAAAGGACACUAAACCUGAUAGAAGAUGGUUGUCUAAUAAACAAGAUCUAUGUCAGUUGUUGCGUGAUAUGUUAUCUGUCAACGAAGCCACUAACUGGAGUACAAACAGUUCUCCUGAAGCCAAAUAUAAAGCUUUACGAUGCUAUAUACAACAUAUUGAUCCAGGAAAAAACUAUGUACAGUUUCAAGACAUUAGAAAGAAAGUUUUAACCUCCUUGGAUAGUGACACUAAAGUAGAAGUUAAGAAGAUCUAUACCAUUCAGCGCCCAAUAGAAGAGAGUAAUUUUACUCAUGAUUUGUGUCCUAAAAAACUUCUCUUUCACUCAUCUAGGGUAGAGAACUUUGUAGGUCUAUUAUCAAGAGGUCUGUUACUACCAAAAGUUGUUGUUGACGAUUAUGGUGGAAAAAGAACAGAUGCUGGAUUAUUAGGAAGUGGAAUCUAUUUCGCCAGUUCAGCUAGUAAAAGUGCUAGAUAUUCUACUGCUAGUAAAAGUGUGGGAUCAAGACUUAUGUUGAUAUGUGAAGUAGCUUUAGGUAGAACAUGUCCAUUUUAUAAAUCUGAUCCCGACUUAAAACAGCCACCUGAUGGUUAUGGCAGUGUUCAUGGUGAAAAAAGAAAUGUGGAUAAUGGUUCACAAUUUAUGGAUGAUGAAUAUGUUAUAUAUAAUAUAAAACAACAACGUAUAAAGUAUCUGGUAGAAUUUCAACUGCCAGGUGAUACUCCUAAUUACAACUCUUUAAUGAACGCCGAAGACAAUCUAGAGGAAGAAAUAAAGGAGACAAUAACGAAGAUUGAUGAUAUAGAGUUAUCCGAUAUACAAGAUAUAAAAAAUCCUUUAGAUAAGGUUAAAGCUGGAUUGAUAUCUACUACAGAUCAACCAGUGGAUUUAAAAUCAGUUCAUAUCAGAGCUAAAUUACUAGAUUUAGCUGUCCAGGUGACAGUUUUACAAGAAUAUUACAAUAGUAGUACAGAUAGCUCUCUAGAAGCAAAAUAUGUAUUUCCAUUAGAUGAUAUGGCUGCUGUUUGUGGUUUUGAAGCUUUUAUUAAUGGUAAACAUAUUAUUGGGGAAGUAAAAGAGAAGGAAACGGCUAGGAAAGAAUAUAAACAAGCUAUAAGUGAAGGUCACGGAGCUUAUUUAAUGGACAGGGAUGAAGAAACCCCAGAUGUUUUUACUGUUAGUGUGGGUAAUUUACCACCUGGAGCUUGUGUUCUUAUUAAGAUUAUUUAUGUUGCUGAACUACAAGUAGAAGGUGGAAAGAUCAGUUUUAGAUUACCAGGAAGUGUGGCACCAUGGAAACAUGAUUCUGCCAUUAAAGAUCAGACACAGGAUGAACUAGAUACAGUAGCUGUAAAAGAAGAAGAAACGACAAUACAGAUUGCUGUUGAAAUGCCAUUUGAUAUUGUAACAAUAAACAGUCCUUCUAAUAGAGUCAGAAUAAAGAAAACAGCAAGUAAGGCAGUUGUUGAAAUGUGUAAAGGAGAAAAUAUUAGUCAAGGUUUUCAACUGUUGAUUGGAUUGGCAGAAAUACAUGUACCUAGAAUGUGGGUGGAGCAAAUGCCAACUGAUUCAGACAAUCGGGCGUGUAUGUUGACAAUUUUUCCGGAGUUUGAAGCUAAUGAGGAAGAAGAAACUGAAAUAGUAUUUAUAUUAGAUGUAUCCAACUCUAUGUCUAUUGAAGGCCUACAAGAUGCUAAGAAGAUUCUGUAUCUAACAUUACAUCAUUUAUCUUAUAAAACCUAUUUUAACAUCAUAGCUUUUGGUACAGAUUAUGAAGAAUUAUUUCCCUGUAGCCAGAGAAAAACACAAACAGUGAUGGAAUCUGCUUAUAGAUUUAUUAAGAAAUGUGUUGCUAAUAAAGGAAAUACAGAAUUAUAUGAGCCAUUACACACUUUACAUCUAUUACAAUCUACAAGUGGUGUUAGAAAUGUUUUCAUUUUGUCAGAUGGCCAUAUUAAUAAUGAUGAUGCAGUGUUAAAUUCGGCUCUGCUCAAUUCUAAGCAUACCCGUAUAUUUACCUUUGGAGUCAGUUCAACAGCGAAUUUUCAUUUGUUGCGUGGUCUAGCUAGAGUUGGUGGUGGAGCCUAUGAAUAUUUUGAUAGAAAAUCUAAAUCUAAGUGGGAAGAUAAGAUAAAACAUCAACUAGAAAAAUCGGUUCAACCAAGUUUGACAUCUGUGUCUGUGGAAUGGCAGCAGUUUGAUGAUAAUUUACCAGAACCUGUUCAAGCUCCAAGAAAAAUCACUGCCUUAUUUAAUGGAUCAAGACAAGUGGUUUAUGGUUUUGUUCCUAAUUGUACCCUGGCCACUUUAAAGGCUGUAAUUGAUGGACAAGAAGUAUCAACUGUUGUAUCUACACCUGAACUAAAUAUAACAAGAGGCCAGAUACUGCAUAGAUUAACAGCUAGAAGUAUUAUUCGUGAUUGGGAAGAUGGCAUGUUAUCAUCAGAUAAAACAGAUCAUGAGGUUAUUAAAAGAAACUUAAAACCAUAUAUUAUUGAACUAAGUAAAGAUUAUUCAAUUGUUACACAAUUUACAAGUUUUAUAGCCGUAGAGAAAAGAGAUGAGGAUGAGAAAGAUUUAGGACAAGGACGUGGUCCGGCUAUAUGUAAACUGGUUAAUGAUGAAGAUGUUGAUAUAUUACACCAGAUAUCCUUUCCUGAUGAAGAGCAAAUCUUAGUUCAAGUUGAUGAACAAAAAGAGGAUGUGGAUGAAUUAUUGUUAGAUACAAAAAUGUCAUUAUCAGAGGACAGGUCAAUAUCAAGGGACAGGUCAAUAUCAAGGGACAGGUCAAGGGACAGGUCAAUAUCAAGGGACAGGUCAAUAUCAAGGGACAGGUCAGUAUCAGAGGACAUGUCAGUAUCAGAGGAAUCUUCGGAUAUAGAAAACUGGUCAACAAAUAGUUUACAGAGUUGGGGAAAGGAGGAGACUUGUGAUGCCGUUGAUCAGUGUGUGAACUUUGACGACAGUGAUGAUGAAAUGGGAUUUGGUUUAUUUGAUGAUGAUAUGGAUAUUACACAAAUUGCAGACUUACACCAUGGUCCACCAAUUCCUCCUCACAAACCGUCGACUGGUUCACAGGAUUCAGAAGUAGGACAACAAUGGAACUGUUCAGCUUGUACUUUCCAAAAUCAUCCGACAGUGAAUAGGUGUGAAUGCUGUGAACUACCUAGAAUAGGAGAUUGGCAAACUCCACUAUCUGGUUCAUCAUGGAUGGAUGUAAAACAAAAUGCUGUGCCCCCUCCCCCACCUCAAAUUUCAUCCUCUAGACCCCAACCACCACCACCACCACCAAGUUCUGGGGUACAGCCUCCCCCUCCCCCACCUGCUGUAGGAGCUGCACCACCAGCACCUCCAUCCCCACCCUCUACAUCAUUUGUUCUCUCUAGAAAAGAACGAAUUUGUGAUAAAAGAGAUCGGAUAAUCAAACACUUUCAAACACUUGGAAAGGUUGAACAUCAAAAACAGGCCAAAAUCCCAUCAGUUGAUGAACAAGAUGGUUUAGAAAAUAGAAAAAAAGCUGUUAGAGGUGAAGGCAUGUUGGGCGACUUACUAUUGAAACAGAGUCUCAAAAGUGAAAAUCUGAGGGGUCGUCCAUCUCCUCUACAAUCUGUUCCAUCAAGGAUGGCUGCAGAAAAAAACAAUGCUGUACCCCCUCCCCCGCCUCCAGUUUCAUACUCAAGACAACCACCACCACCACCACCACCACCACCACCAGGUUCUAGGGUACAGCCUCCACCCCCACCACCAUCCUCUGCACCAUUCAAUCUCCCUGGAACCAUAACAGAUCAACGAUCUAAUUUCUUGGGUGCUAACCGUGGUGGUAAAACCUUACACUCUGUAGAGGCAAGAUCACCAGACAUUUUUUCUGAUAAAAGAGAUCGGUUAUUAAAACAAAUUCAAUAUGGAACCAGUCUUAAAAUGAUAUCAAGAGAUCCACCCGUUCCUUAUAAACCGAUAGUAUUUCGUACUGCUACAAUGAGGUCCCAAAUUCCUGUAUCACCUGUUCCAUCAACAGAAGUUAUAGACACUGAUGAUCCUGCUGGGGUAACAGAACUGACAGCUGUAAGAGAUAGUAUAAAUGAAACAGGAACAGAUGAUAGCAUGGAUAUACAAAUAAAGAAAAGCGCAAAAAGUAAAAAAAAGAUUUUAGUACGUAAGAGCCAAUGUAUUCAGCAGAUCAAAGAUGAGUCAGAUUUGAUUUCUGACUUUGAAAGGCCAUCGCAGAAAUCGGCAUUUUCAUUUGGAUCAAAGCAACCAACAAUUUCUGAAAAUAAAUCUGGAUUUAGCGCAGUUAAUAGAAGAAGUAGAUUCUCUGGUUUUGGAGCAACAGACUCAACAUUAGGGGGUAAUACUAAAUUAUUUGAGGAAGAACCUAACUGUUUUUCUCUUGCAUCUGAACUGGCUGAAUUCUCUGAUUUUGGUUCAAAAAGCUCAACAUUUGGAGCUGGUAUGGAUGGUGGAUUAUUUGGAUCAAAGCAACCAAUAAUUUGUGAAAAUAAAUCUGGUUUUAGUGCAGUUACUACAAGUAGUGGAUUCUCUGGUUUUGGAUCAACAGGCGAAAAUAAAUCUGGUUUUAGUGCAGUUACUACAAGUAGUGGAUUUUCUGGAUUUGGAUCAACAGGCUCAACAUUUGGGGGUGGUACUGGUAGUAAAUUUUUUGAGGAAGAACUUAAAACAUCUGACCAAGGUCAAUUCUCUGAUUUUGGAUUAAGAAGCACAACACAACCAUUAAUUUCUGAAAAAUAUGGAUUUGGUGCAGUUACUACAAGUGAUGAAUUUUUCGGUGGAGGUGGUAAGGUUGGUGGAUCAUUUGACUCAAUUUUUGAAAAGGCUCCAUUAAGUGCAGUUACUAAAAGUGGUGGAUUUUUCAGGACAACCAUGUCAAGUAGUCAAAGUGGAUUCUCUGGUUUUGGAUCAACAGGCUCAACAUUUGCGGGUCGUACUGGUAGUAAGUUAUUUGAGGAAAAACAUAAAUCAUCUAGAUUUAAUGUAGUCACUAGAAGUAAUGUCAAAGACCAGCAGUCUACUAAUAAUGUAUUUUCUGAAUUUAGAGCUACACAACAUUAUGGGCCACCACCACCACCAGCAACACUACCUUCAACACCAACACACCUAACACCAGACCAAAAUUUCAUUUCAGCUGCUGCUAUUCCACCCAUGCCCGCUCAAACUAUGAAACAGCCACCCCCAACAAAAGCAAUAACUAGGGCACAACAGGCACAGCAGCAACAUCAACCGAUGAGUACUGGUAUUCAUCCCCUCUCAAACACAUUUUCACAACUGCAACAUUAUGGGCCACCACCACCACCACCACCACCAUCUGUAGCACCGCCACUAUUACCACCACCACCACCAGCAACACUACCUUCAACCCCAACACCAAAACAAGACCAAUAUGAUUCUUUCAUUUCAACUGCUGCUCUAACUUUGAAACCCCAAUCCAAAACAAUAACUAAAGCACAACAGCCACAGCAGCAACAUCAACCGACAGGUACUGGUAUUCAGCCCCCUUCCCUCUCAAAUACACAACCACCACUGAAACAACCUACAGUACAAUAUUCCUCAACUCAACCUGGUACUGCUAUUCAACUCCCAAGUACACCAGUACCAUCAAGUACACCACCCCAACCUAAUAGAGCUCUGUCUUGUAGAGGAAGAUCAUCAGCAACUAGAGCCAAAAUGGAUAAAUCUUCUAUACCACCACCACCGCCAGUACCACCAUCUAGAGAUACAGAUCAUAGUUCACAUCUACUAGCCCUAUGCAACGCACGUGGUCAAUCAUUGACUGGUAGAGAACCAUCUUUUAAAGCCCAACCACAAGAAAUACACAGUAGAUUGAGUAGAGCAUGCAGUCGACCUAGACUUAGAAAGGAGGAAGAAAAACUUCCAAACUAUGCAACACAAGAAUGGUCAGUAAAUGACAUGGACGAGAUGAUGUUAAGCAAUGAUCAAGCGGAAAAAUUAAACAAUUCACUUCAUGAGUUGGCAUGCAAACCCAAGAAGAAGCGAAAAUUUAACCUACUGACUUAUUCCAGUGAAACAACUCAGUUUGGAAUAGGAUUUGAUAUACCAUCUAUUUGUGUUUAUGAGAAGAUGACAUUCAACUUAAAAAUAUUACUCUCAUUACAAGAGAAGGAAGGUUAUUGGAAAUUUGGGAAAGAGUUCAAUGAUUUACUUGGUGUUAAUGAAGAUAAAUGUAGACUACUAUUGUAUAGUUGUGGUAUCCGAUCUCUUGGUGAAAAAGUAACUAAGGAUAUCAUGAAUCUUUUGUCAACACUAAUAGCUCUGAUCCGUAUUCUAGAGGAUUUAUUAAGUAAAGUACAGCCUCAAAAAGAAAGUCCAUCAUGGAAAACCCUGCUUCAGAAUUCCUCAGAUAGAAUGUUGCUUAUCAAUCAGCUUGAUUCCAAUGAUGCCCAAGAAACCUGUGAAUCCAUAGAUAAAGCAAUACAGUUUUAUAAUUCUACAAAUGAUAAAUACCCAUUGGUAUAUUAUACACUUGAAUUAGGUGACGACUGGAUUACUAUUGCAACCAAAUUGUUAGGGACAUACAGGGCCAGUGCUACUGUUAAGCCAUAUAUGCCAUUAAGGGAGCAGACCUCAGAGGGAUGGUGUGUAUACUAGCCCUUGAGGGACGCAGUUUUUGUAUUUGAGAAAAACAAUUUUUUUCUUUAAAAAAAAACAUUAUUUUUUAAAAUUUUAAACGAUGUUCUAGGUAGUUGGCCUUGCACAGACCUCAGAGGGAUGGUGUGUAACUAGCCCAUGAGGGACGCAGUUCUUGUAUUUGAGAAAAACAAUUUUUUUCUUAAAAAAAAACCCAUUAUUUUUUAAAAUUUUGAAUGAUGCUCUAGGUAGUUGGCCAUGCGCAGACCCUGGGAAUAUACUCAGCAUUACUGUUUAAAUUUAUAGUAAUCAUGUGAAGUCAUAUAUUUCUAUAUUAAGUUAUAUGUAGGAAUAUGUCAUUUUAAAUGUUUUGUAUGACUUUUAAGAGUUUAUUUUCUAUAACAAUUUUAUAUAUAAGCUAUUUAUAUCAACAUGGUGUUGUUAAUACAUGUAUUGUUAACUAAAAGGAGCAACAUACCAGAAUACAAGCCACAUAUAUAUAUGUAUAUUCUAAACCUCAAGAAAUAUUACUAAAACAACCCGUUUAAGUUCAAAAUUAUUCAUAGGUCUGAGUAUAAAUAUAGAAAUAAUUUUAAAAGCCCUUUCACACAUGGCUGUCCAUUCUUUGCACAUUUAUUUUUUGCCAAGUAACAGAAUAGAACAUAAUAUGUUUUUAAAACAUUUAUGCACCAUCUGCAUAAAAAGAUCAAAACAUCUCAAAUACCGUUCACGAACGGCUGUCCAUUCUUUGCACAGUUUUUUUUUUUAAAGAUCAGAUUUGCUUUGUUAGAUAACAGUUAGAGUAGUAUAUGUUUUAAAAUAUUAAUGCACCACCUAGUUUGUUGUUUUUUAGAUAUAUUUUUGUCCCCCGCCUUUCGAAGAAAGCAGGGGACUAUUAAAAUGGGUUCGUCCGUCUGUCUGUCCGUCUGUCUGUCCGUCCGUCUGUCUGUCCGUCUGUCUGUCCGUCACACUUUUUGGGACACAAUAACUCUCUUCCUAAUUGAGCUAGAAUGUUCAAACUUGGUGUAUGUGUUUAUUAGGUCAAUGCCUUGAUGGAGUUCGAAGAUGAGCAUUUUCCGCUUAGGGUAAGCAGAGAUAAGCAAUUUGAUUGGUUGAUACUUUGGGGCACGAUAACUCUCUUCCUAAUUGAGCUAGAAUGUUCAAACUUGGUGUAUGUGUUGAUUAGGUCAAUGCCUUGAUGGAGUUCGAAGAUGAGCAUUUUCCGCUUAGGGUAAGCAGAGAUAAGCAAUUUGAUUGGUUGAUGCUUUGGGACACGAUAACUUUAGUUGUCCCCCGCCUUUUGAAGAAAGCAGGGGACUAUUAAAAUGGGUUCGUCCGUCUGUCUGUCUGUCCGCCUGCCUGUCCGUCCGUCUGUCUGUCCGUCACACUUUUUGGGACACAAUAACUCUCCUUCUAAUUGACCUAGAAUGUUCAAACUUGGUGUGGGUGUAUAUUAGGUCAAUGCUUUGAUGGAGUUCGAAGAUGAGCAUUUUCUGCUUAGUGUAAGCAGAGAUAAGCAAUUUGAUUGGUUGAUGCUUUGGGACACGAUAACUUUAGUUCUAAUUAAGUGAGAGUGAUGAAACUUGGUGUAUAGUUUUAUUACAUCAGUACCUUGACUAAGUUCGAUGAUGAGCAUUUUCUGCUCAGGGUAAGCAGAGCGAUAAGCAAUUUGAUUGGCCGAGACUUCGGAACACAAUAACUCUCCUUCUAAUUGAGCUAAAAUGUUCACACUGCUUCUAAUUGAGGUAGAAUGUUUAAACUUGAUGUAGAUGUUCGUCUUGACUGAGUUCAAUGAUUAACAUAUCGAUCUCAAGCUAAGCGGAGAUAAGCAAUUUCCUUGGUCGAUGCUUUGGGACAAUAUAACUUUGAUUCUGUCUGAUAGAGAGUGAUGAAAUUUAGUGUAUAGUUGAUAAACAGUUUGAUUGCUCGAUACUUUUGAAAAAAAUAGAUGUGCGAUUAAUUAAUAUGUGGCAUCUAUUUAUUUGCGGAUUUCGGCGGGGGACAUCAGCCUCACUGUUGGCUUGUUUCAUAUAGUUUUAGUAUAUGCCCACAUUUUCAUCUGAACGUAUAUUGUUGUCGCCCCUGUCUGUCUGGACAUCUGUCUGUCCGUCCAUCCAGGUCACAAGUUUUAUCUGAUUUUGACGAAACUUGAAAUAUAGGUUUAUAUCCCAAAGAUCUCGGUUACUUUCGAUAUCCACACAUAUCAGACUAUAACUUCCUGGAUUAUGGCCUCUGAUUGUACGAAAAAAAUCCCGUUUUUAGCUUGUGGUCCCUCUAGAGAUCACAAUUUUUAUCUGAUUUAAAAAAAUGUUCGAAUAUAUCACCAUUACACCAUAAUAAGGGUUGGAUUUGAAUUUCGCGAAAAUCAGACCAAAACCACCAGCAAAUAGUGUUAAAGUAUGUAAUAUCAAGGUUGUGGACACUCUAGAGGUCAAAAUUUUUAUCCCAUUUUGAUGAAACUUGAAACAAGUGUUUAUAUCUCAACAAUCUCGGAUCCUUUCGAUAUUCGCAUAUCGGACCCUAACUUCCUGGAUUUAUUGUACGAAUAAAUCGCAAUUUUAGCUAGUGGUCACAAAUAUUUCACAGUUACACCCGGAUGAUGUUUGAGUUUGAAUUUUGUAAAAAUCAGACCAAAACUGCCUGACAAAAUGGCCGCUGCAAAUAGUGUAACAGUAUGUAAUACCAAGGUUGUGGACCCUCUAGAGGUCACAAUUUUUAUCCAAUUUUGAUGAAAAUAAAAAUAUAUGUAUAUAUCCCAAAGAUCUUGGUUACUUUCGAUAUUUGCGAAUAUCAGACGAUAACUUUUUGGAUUAUGGCCCCUGAUCGUACAAAAAAUCACAUUUUUAGCUUGUGGGUCCUCCAGAGGUCACAUUUUUUAUUCGAUUUUAAAAACCAUUUUAAUAUAUCACUGUUACACUCUGAUGAUGGUUAAAUCCAAAUUUCAAGAAAAUCGGACUGAAGCUGUCAGACAAAAUAGCCACUGCCUGAAAGCAAAUAGUGUAAAAGUGUGUAGAUUGUGGACCCUCUCUAUAAGUCACAAUUUUUGUCCAAUUUAGAUGAAACAUAUAAUAUAUGCUUACAUCCCAAAACUCUCAGUUCCUUUCAAUAAUCGCACAUUUCAGACCAUAACUUGCCGGUUUGUACAAAAAAUUGCUGGGGUUUUUUUUUGGCUCGUUCUCUAUCUAGCUCUUGGAAAAUGUGGCCGUAUCUUGCCUGGCAAACGCUGGUUUACAAUAUGUUGAUGUUUUUAUUACAGCAGGGACCAGACAGGGAAUUAUAAUUUAUAAUGUUUACAAAAUUUAUAAAAGAUGUUUUGUAAAAGUUUUCUUGAUUAUCUGGGGGUACAUUUUAUAGGGCUGACCCUGGUGAACAGCACGUACAGCAUGAUUUACAUGAAAAUCAUGGAGAACACAUUACCAUUUCAGAAGUCAGGUUGCGUUUUUGAGGACAUUUCAUGGGUUCAAUUCUGUGUUUGGGAUGGAGCCUUAUUGCUCAGGUAAAGUUGAAGAUGUGGUCACAAAUAUACAAUGCGUCUAUUCAGAGUAACAUACCAACUUGACGUUUCUUUUGCUGCUUAGUAUAUUUUCUGUUAGUGACCUUUAUACUAUAGACAAUGGUAAGUAUAUCCAAUUAAAACCACAGUGUUAUUAUAUGUAAAUGUGUAUCAAUUUAGUACCAUCUCUUUGUAAUUACAUUAUUUAUAAAUAGUCCCAAGUACUUUAAAAUGUUAUGAAACCAGUGUUGAAAUCAGUUUGUAUCGGCACACCUUUUAUCUUUUCACCGUAAAACAAGCAGCUUUACAGUUGUGCUAAUAUUUUUGGGUAUAUAUUACAGGUCAUAGAUUGAAUUUUCAUUUCCAUUAAUUUUUAUCGUUUUCCCUUCACUAAUAAUUAUUGUCAUGCGCAUGUAUCAUAAUAAUGCCAUGACAUCAUUUAAUUGUUUACUAUCUCAUUAUUAAAUGCUUGAUGAUACCUUUAGUGGGUGAAAGCGCUAGCUAAGAUGAAAUUAUUUUUUCCUUUCUAAAACUUCAUAUUUCUAAAUACAUUUACCAGAGAGUAGAAUCCUUUAUGUAUAUUAAAACAACUGCUGUAUUGUCUAUUCAGCAAAAACUGAUAUAUUAGUUUUCCAAGAAACCUAAAUCUACGGUCAUACUUUUCCACUCAUUACAUGUUUUGUGGCAUGUAAGUAUAGGAUAUUAACCUACCCGAGGUUGAUAUGAUUUUGUGAUUCCUACUCCACAACUUUAGUUUAAGGGAUGGUAGGGUACAACUUUCAAUAUCAGCCCACCAACUCAAAGACUUUGAAGACUUCUGAUUUAGUUUCUAUUCAGUUCUAAAAGUAGGAUUUAAUUUCAUCAUUAUGCUAGUAUUUUAUAUUCAGCCUCACAUAUCACACAAUGCAGAUAUUGCUUUAUCAUUGAUUUUAAGAAGAUCACCAUUGAUUGGUGAAUUGUUGCUACCUUAGUUUUAAAACAGAAUAUUCAUUCCUUAUAUUUUGUUAUAUUUAAUUUUUUUGAGAUUUUUAUUACAAAUGUUUGCUAUAUUUAAACUUUUAUGUAAUAUUUUUGUAGAUCAAACAACGUAUAUGUCACCCUUACAACUCAAUGACUGCCAAUAUAUUACACACUCUUAUUCUUAAACUCUUGUACAAUUGCUGUCAUUGAAAUUCAAUAUACAGUAAACUGUAACACAUAAAUAUACCCGUAGCUGUUUUCCAUAAAUAUGUGUUUUGGUUUUUACUAAAUGCCAUUUAAAGAUUAUUGUAACACAUAUGUGGUAUUAUUUAUUACUCUGUCCAGUUACAUGUACUAAUGCCUCUAAAAGAUUAUAAAUUUCAAUAUUUUCUAUUUUCUAGACUGUUAUUUGACAUUGAAGCUCCAUGUAAUCACUGGCCUAAAUCACUAUUAAUGACCCAAAUGCAAUUCGAUAUGAAUAUUUGUUAGUUGUUUUGACACAACUUCAGGAGUUAUUGGAUUAUGAUGAGUUGUUUAAGGCUGAGAUAUGGUUGACUUUGGUAAUGAAUACAUUCGUGAUAUUGUAUAACUAUAAUUUAAAACUGUGAUAUCAAUUGCUUUGUACUAUAUUUAGUAUAUUAUUAUAGAAACAUGUUUUUUAUGUGGUUAUAUGUGAAGGUAUAUUGUCUUAACAUGCAACUGUCGUCCAUCCAGAAUUUCUUGUGAAAGUCGCGGAUUAUGGCCCAUGGUUGUUUGAAAAAUCGCAUUUUUAGCUUGCGGAUUCUAUAGAGGUCACAAUUUUUUUCCAAUUUUAAAAACUGUUUAAACACAUCACCAUUCCACCAUAAUGAAGGUUGAAUUCAAAUUUCGGGAAAAUUGAAAUGAAAUCCGAUUUUGAUGAAACUUAAAACAUAUCUUUAUAUCCCAAAGAUCUCAGUCCCUUUUGAUAUUUGCACAUUUCAGGCCAUAACUUUCUGGAUAAUUGCCCCUGAUUGUACAAAAAAUCAUGUUUGUUUUUAGCUUGUUCUCUAUCCGUCUCUUGCAAAAUGAGGGUGUAUCCUGCCUGGCAGCCGCUGGUUAAACUUGCAGGUAUUUUUCAUUGGAUCAUCAGGAAGUUUAGAACUUUUUUGAGAGCAAAUCGUGGAAUUAUCAGCCUGUUUACAUUCAAACUUAGAAAUAUUUAAAGAUAAAAAAACGCAGUGGGAUUGGUAAUAAGAGUAUAAAUUUUGUGAUUUCAAAUUUUUAAGGCGUUUCACUGAGCUAUCUUUCCAUUCACAAUUUUACAUUCUAAUUGUGACAGCAAUACAGGAUAGGGUCUUCGAUGGUGUGUUCAUUAGGACAUCAAGUAGAACUCUAUCAAUUUUCAAUCAUAUUGUUCAGAGUUAUCUCUGCAUUGAUGUUUUGAUAAAGGACUAAAUGUAAUUCUUAAAACUUGGUUCGAUUUUUUAAAAAUUUACACAGCAGAAUUUGUUGACAAUGAUUUUAGAUCAAACAUGAGUGACUUUGCUGCUGGUGGGCAUAUUGGGGUCCAGAUAAGUUCAGUUAGUAGUUAAGUUUGUUAACAUAAAAUGAAAGCACCGUUAAAAUUUGUAUUUUGACAAAACAAGAAAAUAAUUGUUUAAAUCUGACACUUUUUUUUUCUAGAAAAAUUGUGAUAUUUAUUGCCUUUUUUUAAAAUUAAUUUUAGCUUAAUUUCAAUAAAAAUACAUUUUUUGAAAACUGUUGUUAUAAAUAUAUAUUUAUAACCAGACAGUUUGUCUAACUAAAGUUCAAACAGUGGAAAUGAGCAUGUUAAUGUAUUAAGGUUGAUCUUGUGUUCAACAAGGAUUUUAACAUCCCUAGUUUGUGCCAUAGGUCUUAGGUUAGAUUUGCCCUAGUUGGCUGAAUUAUUAAUCUAUUUUGCAUUUUGUUUGGUUUAUAACUACAAAAAUGUUUUAGGAAAGCCGGACCCUUGAAAAUAGGAUGUGAUGUCAUAUGUAACUCAAGAGCACAAAAGUUGUUUAUGAAUUGAUCACUAAAUCCCCAGUCAUUCGAAAAAUUAAAAAGAAGCAUGGUGUUUUAACAUCCCACUCAACUAGGUCAUUUUGGGACUAACUUUGUAAAUCUUUAUUUAAUGAAUCACAUGCACGCAUGGGUCUUUAACAGUGAGAGGGACCCAGGAGAAAACCCACAGGGAAAGGCAGAUGGCCUAAAAACGGCAGUGUUUUCAAUAUAUUUAUUUAAGAAUUUUAAUAAAUUUUUAGACGACUGGAAACUGGUCUUGGGUCUACUUAUGGCAGAAGACGUUACUGUAGCUUUGAAAAGUCAGAGGAGAGGUCUCCCUAUGGAUCAUUUACAUCAAAAUCAUUAAAAAACACAAUUUUCCCUGAUUGGCCCUCGAAGUUUGGACUGACUGAUGGACAGAUUUGUGUGGUAAAAAGCAUACACACUCCAAGUGAGUGUCAGCAAAUUUAAUUCGACACUUGCAGUGCCAUAUAUGAACAGGGCCCACAACAGGCCCCCCCCCCCCCCCCC